ACUUGCACUAUGCUCAGGCUUACCUAUUUAUGCGUUGUUGCCACUGCAGCCCUCGCGACAGCAUCAUCCCCCACAGUGUACUUAAUUCGCCACGGAGAGAAACCGAGUGAUGGGGGAAAUGGCUUGAGUACCCAGGGGGUUGAACGUGCGCAGUGCCUGCGAUCCGUCUUUAGUAAAAGUUCGACAUAUGAUAUUGGCUAUAUAAUGGCACAAACGCCAAAGAGUGAUGGCAAGCGCGCUCGGCCAUAUGAUACAGUGGAACCACUGGCCGAGGACCUUGGUCUCACUGUUGACACCUCAUGUGAUCGAGAUGAUCCAGGGUGUGUUAAAGAUGUGAUCGAAGGAUACAAUGGAUCGGGCAAUAUUCUGAUAUGCUGGGAGCAUGACGCCUUGACAGAUAUUGUAGAGAAGCUUGGUGACAAAGACGCGCCGUCAUAUCCGGAUGAUAGCUAUAACAUUAUUUGGACUGAUCCUUCGCCUUAUUCUGACAUCAUCGCCGAAACCAGUGAAGACUGUCCUGGAUUAGAUAACUAA